AUGUACUCAUUUAGGUAUUACAUAGAUUCUUGGAUCGAACUUUCGUCGCAGCCUUCUUCAUCUUCCUUGUCUUCGGCCGCCACAACCGACGACAUCAUCACUACGGGGCUGAGGGUCCAACAGCUUCGAAGACGGCGAGCGACGCACCAUCACCACCAUAACCAUAACCAUCGUGCCGGUUACCAUGUUCCACCGCAGGACUUGGAGAUCGGCUACUCGCAUCGUUCCUCGAGCACGACAGGAAGCAGUCAAGAUGAGAAUGAGGAGACGGAGAGCGAGUCAGACAGACUCUCAAACGACGACUUUCCAACUCGGCUUCAGCCCGAUAUGAACAUGUUACCAGAGAUCUCAUCUCAGUCAGAUGGGACUCUUUCAACCGAUGAUGAUGAGGACGAUGAGGAUGAUACCUCUACAGCGCUGGGAUUCAACCCACAGCCCAACGCCUUCUCUCACCCACCAGCCUCGAUUAGAACGGGACAAUCAGGAAACUCGCUUGAUUCGGCGAGACUAUCGCAGAACCGACGAAACUCACGGUCCAGCCUGCCCGGCAUGGGAUCUCGACGGUCCUCAGUCCAGCACUCUCCCUUCAACAUGAUCUCACCAUCUCACCAGGCAGACCACGACGCAGCUCUGCGGGCAAGCCUUUCUACUCUACUAUCCUGUGCUGCCGCAGCCCGUGGCCUACCAAAGAACGACAGCCAACCGUCAGUGGCAGAACGAUCACCCCCGAGAGCAGAGCCAUCGACCUUCCGUCUGCUACCAGGAGCAAACGACACAGAAGAGCCCUUCGCUCGACAGAUGCAUGCCCCUCCACCUCCAGCAUCAGCACCAUCCCGAUUCCAACCAUCAACAUCCCCAUCCCCCUCUCCCAAGCGCUCACGCUCUCCUAUCUCUACUACUGCUCAGGGGAAAGCACGACGACGAGCUAGUCCCUCCAAGGACCGUGCCUCGACCAAGAAGGCUGGACGAGCAAUGCUUUCAUCAUCAUCAUCCUCCUUAUCAUCAGAGACUGCCACCUCCAACAGCAGCUACCGCUCCAUCAGUCCCACCGUGAUGACGUGGGUCAUUAGUGCGGGCGUGGUCGUGCUUUUCUCCGCUAUCAGCUUCUCCGCCGGCUACGUUCUUGGCCGGGAAGUUGGCAGAGUCGAGUCCGGCCAGGCUCUGUAUGGGAACGGACUCAGCAACGUCAGCGAACCUGCGACCAGCAGCUUUGCCACGCUCAAGUCAGGAUCUGGCUGUGGCAGAGAAGCCGUUCGGGGUGGCCUAGGACGGUUCCGAUGGACAGGAGGUAGCGUCUCCGCAUGA